AUUUUGCCAAUGGUUAGCGGUUGCGAUUUCGGGUGAUUUUUCUCUCAGUUUUUGUUUAUAAAAUUCACUAGCUUCGCGAAAGUGGAGUCGAUACUUUCUUAUAAGAAUAAGUAAAUAAAUUACGAGGAAUAUGUGGAAUGAUCAAUCUACUGCCGGCGGGGGAUUUUUCAACUCACCAAGUCAAUUUGGAAACGCUGCUACUCCGAAUCAAGCGCAAAAAACUGGUCGCAGAGCGUCACGUACAGCACCAAUUGUAAUUAGGCAAGCACUCCACUGCGGGGACGAUGGAGUCAAGAUAUGGGGCACUGAAAUUCAAAUUGCCUCUAUUGUUGCCAGAGUUAGAAACAUACGCAUGCAAAGUACCAAAAUUACAUACACCAUACAAGAUAUCACUGGCCGCAUGAAGGCUGUGCUUUGGUUAGAUCAGGAAUCUAUGGAUGAAGAUGACAAAUCUACACCAAAAGUGGAAGUUAAUGAUUACAUUCAAAUAUUUGGAAAUGUGAAGACAAAUAGAGGGAAGAAAGUUCUGAUGGCAUUCAAGAUUAUGCCCAUCACGGAUAUCAACGCUAUCACAUUCCACUACCUGCAGUGUAUUAAUAAUAAAAUUAAAAUGGAAGCUGACUCCAAAAAGGAGAAAGUUAUCAACAACAAUUCCACAUUCACGGGUGGUCUGCCGGCCAACUCUAUGGUUGGAGUUGGAGACACGGGGGGUUCUGUCAAUGGACUAAACGCUCGGCAAAUGAUGGUGUUCAAUCUUAUAAGAGCCUCGUCCCUGGAGCAGGGCAUAAGCAAGACCGAUAUGUAUGCAACAUUGAAAGACAAAAUGGCACAGAUGGAGUUUGAAAAUAUUCUUGAAUGGAUGUGUGGGGAGGGCCACAUUUACUCCACAAUAGAUGAAGAGCAUUUCCGAGCUACUGAUGCUUUCUGAGUUUUUAAUCACACAUUCCAUCCUGAUUUUCAUUUAAAAGUUGUUGUAUCAUUCAUUGUAUAUGUAUCUUGUUUACUAUAAGUGGCCAUUAUUUUUGAAAAAUAUACACAAAUACAGUAAAGUUAAAAUAAAA